UCCUCUCUUUACCUCGCUAGCCGGCCAUCUCAAUCAUGGCAGAAACCUCUUCUUCCAUUAUGUGAACUCUCCCUCUCAAAUUACCAAUUCCAUCCCCAACCCUCCUUUCCCUCUCUUCUCCUCAUCCCACCCAAAAGAUGCCUCCUUUCUCUCACAUUCCAUUUCUCCUCCUCCUCCUCCUCCCUCUCCUCUUCAUCUCCUCCAUCUCCACCGAUCCCCUCUUCUCCCCUGGAACUGAAAUGGCGACAACAGCAGCUACGCCGGAGAUGCGGCAGGCGGCAAUGGAGGCGGCGCCGGAGAUCCGGCCGUCGGUUUUCAGCGAAAGGCGCCGGCUAGGAAGGUUUCAGAUAUGCGCUCUCUGUACUUGCUGCGGAGGCCCCAAAGGUCUCUGCUUUGCUUCUCCUUGUUGCUAUGCAAUAAACUGCAAUAUACCAAACAGGCCCUUUGGCUUCUGCUCAUUCAUUCCCAAGACUUGUAAUUGCUUCGGAUGUCAUCUCUGAUUUCUCUUGUUUUCCAAUUCGAUUUAACUUUUUUUCUCUUGAUUUGUGUUCUGAAUGUUGGUUUCUGUAUCGUUAGGUG